AUGUGGGAGAAGAACGACUCUCACGCCGUCCCCGCAGAGCAAGACUCGGACCAUGGCCGCAGACGCUCACCACAUCCCCGAGACGACCGACGCGACGGUCCUCGUGAAGACCGCCGCUAUCGCUCGCGCUCUCGAGAUCGUAAUGAUAGAAGGCGAGAAAGGAGCUGGUCUCGAGAUCGCCGCGAUCGAGACCGGAGGGAUCGAGAUAGAGACGGACGUGGAGCUCGAGACCGCAUGAGGAGUGGUAGCAGGGAACGUGGGUACGAUCGACGAGGUAAAUCCAACCCAUCUAAAGCACUAGCCUUCGUCUGGGUGACCAGAAUUCUUCUAACUCGAGAUGCGCAAACAGCUUAUGCCGGCAAGGGCGACAAGUUCCGCGAACGCUCACGAUCACCCGGCCGCAAUGGCACAAAACCUCGAUCUCGAUCUCCACCCCCUCGAGGACCUAAAGGCGACCGCCGCCCUGAUCGCAAAGAUCCCCGGUCUCGGGAUGAUGGGCGAACGGCGAACGGCGCAGCUAGUGCCGGUCGCCAUGCGGAGGAAAUGGAUGUGGACUUCAAGGAGGAUGCCGACGAGGAUGAGAUGGAGGCGAUGAUGCGAAAAAGCAUGGGCUUUACCAGAUUCCGAACUACCAAAAACACCAAGGUUCCUGGAAACGACAUCUACGGUGUGCGCAAGGAGAAGAAGAGCGAGUAUCGCCAGUACAUGAACCGCACAGGCGGUUUCAAUCGGCCGCUCAGCCCGUCGAGGUGA